GCCCCGUGGAUAUCCAUGCGCCCGUGUCAGUGUCUCCGAGACGGCGGUGAGGUGAGGAGGAGGAGGAGGCGGCAGAAGCGGCAGAAGCAGCGGCGGCGGAUGGAUUUCUAAGUCAACACCGUGCAUGGUUCUGUGUUUGGGCUUCAGUUGUGGAAGAGAAAUGCCUACCAUGUGCUAGGAUACAAGGUUGUGGAUCCUUUUAUUUCCGUGGUUCUGGAAUAUAAAGAGAGAAACAGGACAAAAUGGGGAGGAAGAAAAUACAAAUCACAAGAAUAAUGGAUGAGCGGAACAGACAGGUGACCUUCACGAAAAGAAAGUUUGGAUUAAUGAAGAAAGCCUAUGAACUAAGCGUGCUUUGCGACUGUGAAAUAGCACUCAUAAUUUUCAACAGCUCUAACAAGCUGUUUCAGUACGCCAGCACUGAUAUGGACAAAGUUCUUCUCAAAUACACAGAAUACAACGAACCCCAUGAGAGCAGAACUAACUCGGAUAUUGUCGAGGCUCUGAACAAGAAGGAAAACAGAGGGUGCGACAGCCCAGACCCUGAUACUUCCUAUGUGCUCACGCCACAUACAGAAGAAAAAUAUAAAAAAAUUAAUGAAGAGUUUGAUAAUAUGAUGCGGAAUCAUAAAAUCGCACCUGGGUUGCCUCCGCAGAACUUCUCAAUGUCGGUCACUGUUCCUGUAUCCAGCCCCAAUUCUUUAAACUAUAGUAGCCCUGGGAGCUCUCUUGUAUCCCCAGCCUUGGCAGCAAGCUCUACCUUGACAGAUCCCACCCUGCUAACUCCUCCUCAAGCUUCAUUGCAUCGAAAUGUAUCACCUGGAGGUCCUCAGAGACCCCCAAGUACAGGUAGUGCAGGUGGGAUGUUGACCACCAGUGAUCUCUCAGUGCCAAAUGGAACUGGUUCUAGUCCAGUGGGAAACGGUUUCGUGAACUCACGAUCAUCCCCUGGUCUGCUUAGCAGCACCGGUGGUGGGAACGGUUUAAGCAAAGUGAUGCCUACAAAAUCUCCCCCACCUCCGGGUGGGGGCAAUCUUGGAAUGAACAGUCGCAAACCAGAUCUCCGGGUUGUCAUUCCUCCGUCUAGCAAAGGCAUGAUGCCUCCAUUGAACACACAGCGGUUAAAUAGUUCUCAGUCCACGCAACCUCUUGCAACACCCGUUGUAUCUGUGACAACUCCAAGCUUGCCCCCACAAGGACUGGUCUAUUCUGCCAUGCCUACAGCUUACAAUACUGAUUACUCCUUGACUAGUGCAGACCUGUCAGCCCUGCAGGGGUUUAACUCCCCAGGAAUGCUGUCAUUAGGACAAGUUUCUGCCUGGCAACAGCAUCAUCUAGGACAGGCAGCUCUCAGCUCUCUUGUAACGGGAAGCCAGUUAUCCCAGGGUUCCAGUUUAUCCAUCAACACCAAUCAGAAUCUUAACAUUAAGUCUGAACCGAUUUCACCUCCCCGAGAAAGGGUGACCCCGUCCACGUUCCAGUCACAGCCCCAGGCAUCUCAACAGCUGCCGCAGCAACCGCCACCACCUCUUCAACCGUCGCGGCAAGAAAUGGGCCGCUCCCCGGUGGAUAGUCUCAGCAGCUCUAGCAGUUCCUACGACGGCAGCGACCGGGAGGACCCCCGGGGUGACUUCCAUUCGCCAGUGGGGCUGGGAAGGCCUCCCAAUUCAGAAGAUCGUGAGAGCCCGACGGUCAAGCGGAUGAGAAUGGACACCUGGGUGACCUAGGCCCGCCGUUCUCCACACGUCGGGUUCCCGCUUUUGAGUUACCCCCCACUCCCCCAUGAACAGUCCUGACAUAUCUAAAUUUAUAAAUAAGGACCUCAAAUAAAUAUUUAUAUGUGUAUAUAUUAUAUUAUAUUAUAUCAUAUAUAUAUAUAUAUAUAUAUAUAUACACAUAUA